AUGGCGCCAACAUCCCAUCUUCCUCUCUUCGGUGGAGUCCGAGCCUGGUCUCCAAACGACUGGACCUCCUCCGACGACCGCGUCCGUGGCGGCUCCUCCCAGUCAGAGCUUACCUGCUCUCCGUCCUCUUUGAUCGCUAAAUUCCACGGAACUCUCGAUAUUACGGCCCUAGGUGGCGCAGGUUUUGCCUCGCAGCGUACAACAGGCGAGGACCGGACGUGGGAUCUCACUGCUUACGACGGCAUCGAAUUGGUCAUCGACAGUGCAGAUAACAAAGUGUACACCUUCACACUGAAGGAUGAGAUCCUGCCCAAGCGCCCUGAUGGCCGGGAGCGAAGCUCAGUGAGCUGGGAGUUUAAUUUUCGGGCCGAGGGAAGUCGGACCAUCUUUGUCAAGUGGAGUGACUUUAGACCGACCUAUCGUGGGAAGAAUAAGGAUGACGCCGAGCCAUUGGAUCUCAAAAAGAUCAAGAGAUUCGGCAUCAUGAUCAGGAGUUUCUUCGGAGAACAGGAAGGCGCUUUCUCGCUCAACAUUGUCUCUAUUGCAGCCAUGCGGACAGAACGAUACCUUGAUGAGCCCGAUGACGACUAUAUUGAUAAUGUCAUGAAUGAGAAAUCUGCUACCACUACCGCCUCGAGACAGGCAGGGAGAUGUCGAGGGUGGUUCGGCUGGUUGACAUCGUGCCUUGGGUUCUGA